AUGGCCGUCGAUAGUGGCCCUAGUAGCAGGCCGCUGCACUCCAAGGUUGCAUUUGGCGCAGAUAGUGGCCAAUAUAACGUGCCCUCUCCUCCUUUGGUUGGGUACAUCGUUUCUUUGCUUUACCUUAAACUUGCAAGUUCUGAUGGCUAUGAGAUUGUUGCUAUCCCGCGGGUACUCAAUAUUCAGGUCCCCCGCUCAAUGGAGCAAACCCUUGCCAAUGCCAAUUCAGUAAUCUACUCACUGACGAGCGCGUGUGGUGUUUGCCAGGGCCUAUUCCUGGUGACUACUUAUUCCCUCACAGCUGGAGUUCCUGGAAAAACCUAUUGCACAACGGCUUUUACACAAUUAUAUCCAACGACCAUUCCGACUGGCACUGCGGUUCCGAAUUGGGCUUAUUUGGAUGUCGUAGUACACGAAGUAUCACAACUGUCAUACCCUAAAUUCCUUGGAAGUGCGCACAACACUUCGACUACACCGCUAUCCGUGGCUCACCCGCCUCGGCCACGAGUACAGGGUCUUCAACGCCCACUUCGAAGAGCUCGGGACAUUGGGGCUACAGCUGGGGGCGUUGUCGGAGGAAUUGUCGGAGUUUGGAGCCAUCGCAGGCGCCGUCGUUUUCGCAGAGGCGUCCUCAGCCGCUUUCAGCCAACCCCAAAUGACGCAGCCUCCACGAUCCCGCCGACCCGAGCACUUUUCCCGCCGCCAUUGUUCUCUACGUUACAAACCACCACAUCGUCCUUCAACCAAACUUUUCACAGCAGGUCGCGUCCCGGGCAGUAUAAUGGUGUUCCGGAGUUCUAAAAUAGCUCGCAAAGAUGAUCUCUGGAUGGCCAUUCCCUAUAGAAUUGGACAACACAUUAUACCAUACGACAGAUUGGCAGGGAGUUCGGCUGCAAACGGUGUGGGUUUGGUAAUGAGCUUUAUGUAAGCGGUUUCAUUGAUGCAGAU